CCACCUCCUUCGCCCGCCUGCCUGCGCCCGCGCCGGAGAAGAGGUGCGCGAGCCUCGGCCGCCCGCACAGCGCACACUGUCCGGCGCCCGCUCCCCGAGAAACGGCGCGAUGACCGCCGAGGAGACUAAGACCGCCGAGAAUGGGGCGCAGUCGGCGCCGCUGCCCCUCGAGGGGGUGGACAUCAGCCCCAAGCAGGAUGAAGGCGUGCUUAAGGUCAUCAAGCGAGAGGGCACAGGCACAGAGAUGCCCAUGAUCGGGGACCGAGUCUCUGUCCACUACACAGGCUGGCUACUAGAUGGCACCAAGUUUGACUCCAGCCUGGACCGCAAGGACAAAUUCUCCUUCGACUUGGGGAAAGGAGAGGUCAUCAAGGCUUGGGAUAUUGCUGUAGCAACCAUGAAAGUGGGGGAAGUGUGCCACAUCACCUGCAAACCAGAAUAUGCCUACGGUUCAGCCGGCAGUCCUCCCAAGAUCCCUCCCAAUGCCACGCUUGUGUUUGAGGUAGAGUUGUUCGAGUUCAAGGGAGAGGACCUGACAGAAGAGGAAGACGGUGGGAUCAUCAGGAGAAUACAGACCCGGGGGGAAGGCUAUGCCAGGCCCAACGAUGGUGCCAUUGUGGAGGUUGCCCUGGAAGGGUACUACAAGGACCAGAUCUUUGACCGGCGGGAGAUCCGCUUUGAAGUCGGCGAAGGGGAGAAUAUGGACCUGCCUUGUGGGCUGGAGAAAGCCAUUCAGCGCAUGGAAAAAGGAGAGCAUUCCAUUGUGUACCUCAAACCCAGCUAUGCGUUCGGCAGUGCUGGGAAGGAAAAGUUCCACAUCCCACCUAAUGCUGAGUUGAAGUAUGAAGUACACCUCAAGAGUUUUGAGAAGGCCAAGGAGUCGUGGGAGAUGAGCUCAGAGGAGAAGCUGGAGCAGAGCACCAUUGUGAAGGAGCGGGGCACUGUAUACUUCAAGGAAGGCAAGUACAAGCAAGCUCUGGUGCAGUACAAGAAGAUUGUGUCCUGGCUAGAAUAUGAGUCGAGUUUCUCUAACGAGGACGCACAGAAGGCACAGGCCCUUCGGCUGGCCUCCCACCUAAACCUGGCCAUGUGUUAUCUGAAACUACAGUCCUUCUCGGCUGCCAUUGAAAACUGUAACAAGGCCCUGGAGCUGGACAGCAACAACGAGAAGGGCCUUUUCCGCCGGGGAGAGGCCCACCUGGCAGUGAAUGACUUUGACUUGGCUCGAGCUGACUUCCAGAAGGUCCUGCAGCUCUAUCCCAGCAACAAAGCCGCCAAGGCCCAGUUGGCGCUCUGCCAGCAGCGGAUCCGUAAGCAGCUUGCACGGGAGAAGAAGCUCUAUGCCAACAUGUUUGAGAGGCUGGCAGAGGAGGAGAGCAAGGCCAAGGUGUCAGGAGACCAGCAGGCAGACACAGAGAUGAAGGAGGAGCAGAAAAAUGAUGUGGCAGGGCGCCAGCCUCAGGUGGAGGCGGAAGCAUAGCCUCUCCCCAGCCCUGCUCCUGCAGCUGCCUGCCUCCCCUGCUCCCUACCCUACUCCACCCUGUUAGUUUUGUAAAAACUGAAGAAUUUUGAGUGAAUUAGACCUUUAUUUUUCUAUCUGGUUGGAUGGUGGCUUUGGGGGAAGGGGGGGAGGAGCAGGCUGGGGGAUUGAGGUGGGGGGGUGGUCUUUUCAGGUGGUGUCACCCCCUCUUCCCUUCCCCCUUUAUACGCACACUCAUCAGAAUGUUAAUUUAUUUUGCUUCCUCUGUUUGUUAUGUCCAUUUUUGAAAUGGUAGAAGGGGCAAGUGGUAGGGAUGUAAGGUCUGAUGUGAAAGCAGGGUGGAGAGGGAGACCCUUGGGCAGCCCCCUUCCUCACCCUUUCCUUUUCCCACGUGGGUGCUAGGGGCAUGGGGAAAACCACUGCUCUGCCCGUUACCUCUCUGCUCCCCUCCUCACCCCAGGCGGUGUGGCUGAUGUGUCCCCUGGUGUCACGGUGACCACCCUGUGUACCCUCUCCAGCAUCUCCCCUCCUUUCAGUUCCCCUUCUCAGCGGGGUCAUGUCCCCACCCCCUCAGCCUCUUCUCUGCACGUUGCUGAAGGUCCAGGCUCGCCUCAAGUUCUGUGCUUGAGCAAUAAAGUGGAAACAAAA